GCGUUACAUUUUGUGUUGGAACACACAACUGUAUCCAUACAACCCAUGUGCAGCACAUGGUGCACAGGAGGGAGAUGGCGCGCAAGAACAUGAGUUCCUCUCACGAGUUUCCAACCAAUCGGAGCCGCAUUUUACAAUAUUAUGACUUUGCCGAACCAGCUCAGAUACGCAUUGCCACGGAAUUUCAAAUAGCACCAUCUGUAGCACCAGAAAAGGCAGACUUCUUACGAAAUGUGCUCAUUCCAACUGUUGUGAGGUGGUUUGAGCGAGUGCUGGACGUCAGGCGGCCUGUUGUCGGAAAUCUUGGAAUACCAAGACAUAAGAGAGGAGGGGAAAGCGGAGAAGAGGAGGAUGGAGGCAGGAAUAGGCCGGAGCAAGGAGUAGCGGGAGGAGGAGCAGCGGGAGUGGCCAGGACGAUGAGGAGGAGACGGAGGCGAAGAGAGGAGCGGGAAUGGCAAGAGGAGCGGGAGAGGGAGGAAGAGGACGAUGAGGAGGAGGAGGUGAGGAAGCGGAUAAAGCGGAGGAAGUGGAGGAUGAGGAGGAGGAGGAUGGAGGGAAGAGAAGAUAGCAGCAAGCAGCAGAGGAGGAGCGGGACGAGGAGGAGAGGGAGUGGUCGAUAAGCAAAAUCGAAUGAAUCUACCGCUAGAAC